GCAAAGUCAAAGCAGCAGCAUUAUAGGGGUGCACGGGAUGCCUGGCAUGGGGAAGACGAUGCUGGCCAAAGAAGUUAAAAGAAAAGCAGAGCAAGACAAGCUGUUCGAUGCGGUAGUUAUGGCUCUUGUUUCAAGGAAUGCAGACUCGAACAAGAUUCAAGUUGAAAUUGCCCGUGGCUUGGGUCUUGAUCAGCUUCCUAAUGGAAUUAGAACUCAGGAUGCUGCUGAACUUAUAAAAGCAAGGCUGAAGAAUAUGAAGAAGGUUUUAAUCAUUUUGGAUGAUAUUUGGGUGCCUGGAAUAAAUUUGGAGGAGCUUGGAAUUCCAGUUACAAACGAGCCAAAAACAAAAGAGGGGGGCUCGUCAAGAGAAGAAUUUGCAGAAUGCAAAAUUCUGCUGACAUCCAGAGAUUCUGAUGUUUUAUCAGAUCUGAUGGAUUGUCCACUGAACUUUUCACUUCAUCAAUUAAAAUCUGAAGAAGCAUGGGAGUUGCUUAAAAAGAUAGUUGGUGACAGAGCUGAGAGUAAGGAGCUACACAGUACGGCCAUUGAGAUUGUCCAGGAAUGUGGGGGCUUGCCUCUUGCAAUUACAACAAUUGCAAUUGCUUUGAAAAAUAAGAAGCCUUUUGAAUGGAGGGAUGCUUUGACAAAACUAAGAAAGCCCUCUUCAGAAAACUUUGAUGGCAUACCUGCAAAGGUUUAUUCUGCUAUUGAGGUCAGUUACUCUAGUUUGGAAAGGGAGAAGCUCAAGAAAACAUUUUUGCUUUGCUGCCUAAUGGGUCACAAGGCUUUAAUUCAAGACUUGUUGAAGUAUGGUGUGGGCUUAGGCUUAUUUGCUAACACCAUAGAGGAAGCACGAGAUGAAGUACUUACUUUGAUAAGGCAGCUCAGAGCCUCUUCUUUGCUCAUUGAUGAUUCUGACAAUAAACGUUUUGAUAUGCAUGACCUUAUUCAUGAUGUGGCUGUAUCAAUUACAAGUAGGGAUCGUCAUGGGUUGCUGCUAACCGGUGAUCAUGAACCGAGGGAGUGGUCAGACAUGGAGGCAAAGAAAGAUUUCAAAUGGAUUUGGCUGCAAAAGGCUAAUAUUAAUGAGCUUCCCGACGAGUUUGAAAGUCCUCAGCUUACUCUUUUUAGUUUGGUUAAUGAUGAUCGUUCUCUUAAAAUUCCAGCAGACUUUUUCAAGGGAAUGCAAAGACUCAAGGUAUUGGAUUUGACUCGCAUCCAUAUGUCAUCCCUGCCUUCAUCAAUUUGCCUCUUGCAGAACCUCCAUACAUUAUGUUUGCAUCACAGCGUGUUGGGGGACAUACGUAUUAUUGGAGAGCUGAAGAAUUUAGAAAUUCUUAGCCUUCCAUGGGCUGUUGUUGAAGAGCUUCCAAGAGAAAUUGGGCAGUUGACUCGGCUAAAGUUGUUAGAUUUGAGUAACUGUACCAAACUCCGAAUGAUUCCCCCACGCGUCUUCGCAAGUAUGUCCAGAUUAGAGGAACUGUUUCUGGGAAACAGCUUCGAUGGAUGGAAGGUUGAGGAAAAUGAAAAUCAAAGAAAUGCGGGCCUUGCUGAGUUGAAGCAUUUGAAGAAAUUGACUAAUUUAGAGGUAUGCAUUCCUGAUAUUCGGAUGAUCCCGAAAGAUUUGUUCUUUGAAAAUUUGAAAAUUUUCAAAAUAUUCAUUGGACGUAAGUGGGAAGGCCAGUAUAGCUCCUCUGGAAGCUCAAGAAUAUUGAAGUUGCAUUUAAAUGCAUCCAUUAAUUUUAACUACUUAGUUAAAAUGUUGUUGAAGGUGACUGAAGAGCUACAUCUAAGGAAGUUGGCAGGUGUAAAGAAUGUGGUUGAUGAGUUAAAUACUGAAGGUUUUCCGGAUUUGGAGAAUCUCUAUGUCCGUAAUGCUUCAGAGGUUCAACAUAUCAUUAAAUCAGCGGAGGGGGUUUCUUUCAAUGCAUUUCCCAGCUUGGAAGUAUUAUUUCUUCAGAAUUUGAUUAAUUUGGAGAAGAUAUUUCAAGGCCGGUUCAAAGACACAGCUUUUAACAAUUUAAGAAUUAUUACUAUUGAAUGUUGUGACAAGGUAAAGAAUUUGUUCUCUUCCUCUAUAGCCAGACAGCUUCUCCAUCUACAAGAAAUUUCAGUGACAGAUUGCAGCAAUAUGGAAGAGAUUGUUGAUGACAAAGAGCAAGGGAGUAGUAAUGAUAUUGUUGCAGCAACUGAACCAAAGUUCGGGGAAGUGCUACGGUCCUUGAGAUUGCAACGUCUACCAAAACUGAGUAGUCUCCACAAAAGUUGCAGGCAUUUGCCACUCUUCAAUGAACAGGCUUCAUUUCCCGACUUGAAAUGGUUGACUAUCACCCACUUGAAAAACUUGGAGAUGAUAUGGCACAGCAAGGUGCAUGCAGAUUCCUUUUUCAAACUGGAAUCAUUAACAGUUGAAAAUUGUGACAAGUUAUUGGCUGUUUUUGCUUCUACUGAGGUUGCAUUUCCCGACUUGGAACGGUUGACUAUCACCCACUUGAAAAACUUGGAGAUGAUAUGGCACAACAAAGUGCAUGCAGAUUCCUUUUGCAAACUGGAAUCAUUAACAGUUGAAAAUUGUGACAUGUUAUUGACUGUUUUUCCUUCUACUGAGGUUGUGUUACCAAGCCUAGAGGAGCUGCAAUUAUGCUGGAUGAAUGUUAACAUCAAAUGGCUCACUUCAAUAACAUCUUUUUGUGUCAAGAAAUUGAAAAAAUUGAUCAUUCAAGGCUUUGAUAAUUUGGAAUUUUUGUUCUCAUCUUGUGUGGCUAGAGGUCUGGUGAUGCUUGAACGACUUCAAAUAAGGGAAUGCAAGAGGAUGAGAGAGAUUAUUGUCACAGAGAAUGCAGAUGAAAAAGAGAAUUUGAUUUUUCCCCAAUUGAACCACCUAUCGAUAGAAGACCUUCAAAACCUUGUUGCGUUCUACUUAGGAAAUUGUAUUGUUGAAUUCCCAUCCGUGGAGGAUUUGAAAGUACUGAAUUGCCCUGAAUUGAAGGGAUUCACAGUUAAAUAUUUUGAAAGCACAAGUUGCAUAGUUGACAUGCAGACACUCUUCAACGAACAGGCUGCAUUUCCCAACUUGGAAAGGUUGAGUAUCACCCACUUGAAAAACUUGGAGAUGAUAUGGUACAACAAACUAUAUGCAAAUUCCUUUUGCAGACUAAUAUCAUUAAAAGUUGGAAAUUGUGAAAAGCUAUCAACUGUUUUUCCUUGUACUGAUAUAUUGGGAAAAGUCUUAAAAUCCCUAGAGGUGUUAUCUAUAUAUCGGUGUGGCUCACUCGAAGGGAUAUUUGAAAUUGCUGAGUUCAAUGUCAAACAAACACAUGCUAUCAUCCCUCAAUUGGAGAAACUAUCAUUAACAAGAGAUGAUAUUGCAAUGAUAUGUGAGCAUGAGUCUAAACAAGACAUCAUUUUCAAUGGCAAAGUUCUUCAAAUUCAAGACUAUCUUGAUGAUGAAUUAGAUGUUUUACCUGUUGGAUUCCUAAAAAGGUUCUGCCAUCUAGAAAAUCUCAUUGUGAGCUAUUGUAAUUUUAAAGAGUUGUUCCCUUCAAAAGGAGAAGUUGAAGAACAGGAGAAACACAUUGAGAUUGAGACAUUCUCAAGGAUUAAAACAUUAAAGCUGGAGCGCCUUCCAUAUCUCAGGCAUAUAUGGAGUCAUGACUCAUCAAGUGUCCUUCAAAAUCUUGAAACUCUUGAUAUAUUCAAAUGUGAUAGUUUGAUUAUAUUAUUAACUUCAAUUUCAUCUUUCCAGAAUCUCACCACUUUGAACGUAACAAGUUGCAACGGGAUAAUAAAUUUGGUUUCAGUCUCAACAGCGCAAAGUCUGGUGCAGCUAAAAGGCAUUACUGUAAAUAGCUGCCACAUGUUGACUGAAAUAGUUGGUAAUGAGGGAGUUGGAAUGCAAGAUUAUAUCGUGAUCACUUUUACUAAACUAAAAUUUUUGACACUUCAAUGGUUGCCAAGACUAGAAAGCUUUUGUUCAGAAAAUUUCACCUUCAAAUUCCCAUGUUUGGAAAAGGUAACCGUAUAUCAAUGCCCCAAGUUGAAGAUCUUUAGUGAGGGAGACCUAAAUACACCAUUGCUACAGAGAGUAUCAACUGAAAAAGGGGAAGAAGAGAACAAGUACCGUUGGGAAGGUGACCUUAAUACCACCAUAAAAAGAAUGUACAAGGAAGAGGUUGGAUUUGUUGGGUUACAAAUUUUGAUGCUAUCAGAUUUUCCUAAGUUCAUGGAAACAUGGCAUAUCAAGAAUCCUCAAGAACUCUUAGAUUUCAGACAGCUUCAAGUGCUUCAAAUUUAUAAUUGUAGCAAGUUCAGGUACCUCUUAAUCCAUUCCAUGGUCAUGGGCCUUGUGCAACUCUCGCAAUUAAUAGUAAAAAACUGUGGGACAAUGGAACAAGUGAUAAUGGGAGAAAGAGCAAAAAAUAAAAUGAAACUCCCACAUCUUUGGUUGAUCAAUCUAGAGUCUUGUUUAGAUUUGACAAGUUUUUAUGUAGGAAGUCAUGGUCUUGAGCUUCCAAGAUUAAGUAAUUUUAUUGUAAAGGACUGCCCAAAGAUGGUCACAUGUGCUGCUUCUACAUCCUUAGAAGAGCGCAACCAAGAGGAAUCUCAUUACCUCCUUAGCAGUAAGGUGGAGACUCCCAACUUGGAGUUUUUGAGUCUUUCUUCAAAUAACAUUCAACAAAUUUUGGACAAUUCAAUUCCAGGAAUCUCUUCUUAUGUCCAAAAUUUAAGAAAGUUGUGUGUGGAGGGUUGUGAUAAUUUGAAAAAUCUAUUGUCAUCCUCCAUGGUUAAGAGUUUUGAGCAAUUGAAUUGGCUUGAGAUUCGAGAUUGUAAUAUGAUGAAAGAGGUAAUACUUGCAGAAGAAUCAACGGAUGAGGAAAAGAUGUGCAAGAUUUUCUUCCCUAACAUGGAGUUCCUACUACUCCAAGACCUUCCAAAACUCACAAGAUUUUGUUCUGGAAAUUACUUGGAAUUACCAUGCCUUUGGAAACUUAAGAUAAGCAAGUGCCCUGUGCUGAAGACUUUCAUCUCUAGCUUUAUUUUUGGAGAUAUGAUAGCCAGUUCUGAAAAUGUCAAAAACACUUGUACACUUUCUCUCUUUGACGCAAAGGUGGCAUUCCCCAAAUUAGAGCGUUUGGUAAUUGAACAUGUGAAGAGCUUGAAUAAGAUAUGGAAUGACCAACUCGAAGUAAAUUCUUUUUGCCAACUAACUUUGGUGAGUGUGGUUUCAUGUGAAAAGUUAAAGAAUAUUUUCCCAUUUAGUAUGCUGGAAAGGCUUCGGAGACUAGCCAAUCUCCAAAUAUGGAACUGUGAUUCACUUGAAGAGAUACUUGAGUCUCAAGAACCUGGUGUCAGCCAAUCACAAGCUCAAAAGGCCACUCCAGUACCUUUGUUGGAAACGGUCACAUGCUUGGAGGAUGAUGUGAAGGAUGAGAUUUUCUUUAGCAAACUCAAGUAUUUGCAACUUUGUGGUUUGCCUAGACUUUCAAGUUUUUGCUCGAUUAAAUGCAAGUUUGAGUUCCCAUUUUUGGAAGAGGUGAUUUUGAUGGAUUGUCCCAGUAUGCAGACUUUCUCUAUGGAUGAAAUGAGAACGCCAAAACUGCAAAAAGUAAAAUUGACUAGAGAUGAAGAUGAAGGCUUUUGGGAUGGCAACCUAAACUUGACCAUACAACUACAUUUGAUGCAAAAGAGUCAGGGUGAUUCUGAAAAUUGAGAUCAAAGAAAUUGCGGCUUAUGUCCUUUCCAAGUGAAAUUUGAUGCUUGUUGCAGGUCUGAAUGGUGUACACGUAAGUUGGAUGUGAAGUUGUCACAUUGCUUGGUGCUGCUUGGUGCCUAGAAUGUUACCUCACUAACUAAAACCGAUCCCUUUUUUCUACCAGAAAAAAAAAAAAAAAAGGAAGACAGAUCUUUUCUAUUUCUUGUACACUUGUGCAACUUGUAUUAUGUAUUAUUAAAUUCAUGCAAAGCCUUUAAAUUCAUGUGUUGUUUUAUAGUAUUAAAGAGAGAGUAUCCUU